AUGAACGUCGUCCUGACGCUCGUGCUCGCCGCUCUCGUUCACCAGACGGAAGCCUUCUGGCGUCUCUCUUGCGGCAGAAUCCAGACGGGUAGAAUCGACCCCAUUAUCAACCCUGGAGCCAUUGCAGGCCAUGCCCAUAUUGUCUCAGGUCCUAAUAACUUCAACACGACCUCAACGUUCCAGAGCUACCAGAGCUCUCUUUGCACGUCGUGCAGUAUUCAGGACGACAAGAGCGCAUACUGGACGCCGCAGCUCUACUACCGUUUCCGCAACGGCACAUAUGUUGAUGUUCCAACGGGCGGUACCGUCGUUUAUUACCUGAGCCGUGGCGAUGACAACCUCAACAUGGUCCCCUUCCCGGAGGGUUAUAAGGUUCUCGCCGGUGAUGCUGCUGCUCGCUCCUUCAACUUUGCCGCGAAGACCUACAAGAACUCGCGAUACAUCGCUGAAAGAACGAGCUUCGCUUGUCUGAACUACGACAAGCCCAGCCCUGACACUCCUCGCAUAACGAACAUGGACUGCCCUGGCGGUCUCAGAGCACAGAUCCAUUUCCCCAGCUGCUGGGAUGGAGUCAACCUGUACAAGAGUGACCAAAGCCAUGUGACGUAUCUCUCCGGUAUCGACACUGGCCAGUGCCCGCCGACGCAUCCCAAGACAUUCCCUCACAUCUUCUUUGAGGUCAUCUAUUCCGUCAACAACAUCCAGAAGCAGCCUGGUGGCUAUUUUGUCUUCUCCAACGGCGACGCGACCGGCUACGGCUUUCACGGAGAUUUCCAGAACGGCUGGAAGACCUCUGUAAUGAAGGAUGCCAUUCAGCAGUGUAUGGGUGACAACCGCGCCAUCAAUCAAGGCUCCAUCCAGCUGUGUCCUCCGCUCAAUGCGUCGUAUGACGAUCAAGCCGUCAAGAACUGUCCAGAGCAGAAGCCUCUGGUCAAAGAGAAGGCAAGAGGCCUGCUCAAGGCCCUCCCGGGCUGCAAUCCUCCUACAGCAGGCCCGGGACGCGCUGCACAAGCUAUCUGCCCCAUCCAGCCCGGCCUUGACUCGUAUGACGUUCCCGACGACACAUUUCGCUUGCCCCCUGUCGUUGGCGACUUCGUAAACAACACGGAUUGGCAGUACCUGGGAUGUGCGAGUGAUAAGGACGCGCCGAAAAUGCUCCAAGGCGACUCUUUCCAGGACGGUAACACAAUGACGAGAGAGAGCUGUCUAAACUACUGCAACGACAAAGGUUGGGCAUAUGCCGGCCUGACGGGUGGAUCCCAGUGCUCUUGCGGCAACGCCCUAGUCAAGCCAGUCCAGAACCAAGGCAUCUGUGGAGCAGCAGUAGUCCCCAUCAUCUGCACCGGAGACAUACUGAACUUUUGCGGAGGAAACCAAUAUACCUACGUGUACAACAACACCAAGACAACCGUCAAAGUCCGAGGCACCCCGCAACCGGGACAGACAAAGAUCAACUUUGACUCUGCAGUCGACAAAUCUCCCAUCGAGGCCACUUAUGCCGGCUGCUAUGCCGAAGGCAGCGGGUAUAAAGCCCUGACCGGAGGCAUGUCGUUUUCGAAUCAGACCGGCAUGACGAAUGAGCUCUGCGGCAUGUUCUGCCAGAAGAACAAGUAUAACCUCUUUGGCACCGAAUUUGCCUAUGAAUGCUAUUGCGGCAACACAAUCUCCACCGCUCCUGUUGCCCAAUCCAACUGCCUUACCCUCUGCAAAGGUGACAACACCCAGUUCUGCGGCAAUGGUGGCAAGCUGUCCCUUUGGACCACCAACGGCACGAUACCCUCCAGCGCCGGCCAAACCCCAACAACUUCCGCAGACCCCAACGCACCCACCACCAACCCCGGCAGUAGCGACAAUUUGGAUGUCGUCAAGCCAGCCCCGAACAAGGCGUACUUCAAGUGCCUCUCCGCCGCCAAAGGUGAACCCCUGAGUGGAUUACCCAAGAUCGACAGGGCAGGCAUCAUGGAUGUCGACUACUGCGCCGCGUACGCGAAGAAGAACAAUUAUGCAUUCUUCGGGCUGGAGUACAGCAAGCAGUGUCUCGUCGGCGACGUGAUCCUGGAUGCGGCGGACACAUUAGGUGCGAACUCAUGCAACAUGAACUGCACGGCCGACGCGAACCAGAAGUGCGGUGGCAGUGGCGCGGUGAGCAUGUACAAUAACACCGCAUACACGCCUCGCAUCCCGCCGAGCGUCAAGAUCCCCGGUACGGAGAUCACGUACGACUACAAAGGGUGUUACGUCGACAAUGGCGGCGCGAGGACACUCGGUGGGCAGGUUCCGGACGCGGCCAACAAGGACUUGACCACGACGGCGAGUGUUGACAAUUGCUUGGCCUUCUGUCAGAGUGGAGGAUACACGUGGGGAGGCAUCACGUACGGGAGCCAGUGUUUCUGCAACAAGGCCGGUAUCCAGAACAAUGCGCAGUUGAAGCCGGCGGGAGAUCUGGCAUGUAAUAUGCCGUGCAAGGGGAAUGUGACGCAGAACUGUGGGCAGAGUAGUACGAUUCAGGUCUAUCAGAUUAGGCUAGGGCUUGGGCAGAAGAUUGGCAAUAAGAGGGGGGCGAGGAGGGUGAAGAGGCAGUUCUGA